UCGCUUGAAUAAAAAAAAAAAAAAAAAAAAAAAAAAAAAAUAGAGCUAGUAUGUCGACUGAUAAUCAAGACGAAAUUUUUGAACAGCAAAAGGAAAUUUUAGAUGAUUCAUCAUUAGAAAAUGAAUUAUUGGAGGGUGAUGGAGAAAAUACACAAAAUAAAGAAAAUCAAUCAGAAGAAGAAGAAACAAGGGAUAAUCCCCCUAAUAUUGAAUCUGAUAUUCAUAAUUUUAAGUUGGUCACAUGUAUGCGAGAUCAGCAAUAUUUGGUUAAGUCCAUGAAACAAGUCAUGGAAAAACACCUCAACAUGCUGGGUGAAGUCGAAAGUAUAACAAGAAAUUUAGCUACAGCAGAAAGAACACGACUAGAAACAAUACGAGAACAACGUUUAGCAACUGAAGAAGUGAGAAAGGUCUUGGUAGAAGCACAAAAAAUCUCAUCAACAAUACAACAAACACCAGCGGAUUCAGAACGACAAUUUAGACGAUUAGAUGGAAAUGUAUUCAAUUCUACCACAAUAGACGCAACAUUAGAAGCAAGUCACAUACAACAACCCAAUGCUAGUAUUGGUCAAAAUUUAGAAGCAGAGAGGAAAGCAGCUAAACCCCAAAAAGCUACAACAACAACAGCAAACUCAGCUCAGGUUAAACCAGCCUGGCAGAGUGAUCCUCACCGUAAUUGCCAUAGAUGUAAUAAAACAGGGCAUAAUGAGAGUGAUUGUCCUCUAAUUAAAUACGAUUUGUAUUUUUGCUAUGUGUGCCGACAAGUAUCUAGCCACAUAGGUACAAAUUGUCCUAAACGUGGUAAUGAAAAUUACAGAGGAGGAAAUUCAUCUAGAGGAAGAGGGUAUGUAAACAAAUUAGAUAAUAAACAAAAAUGGUCAAGCACAUCAAAAACAGAUAAUCAAACUAGAGGUAGAGGUAGAAUUGUAUACAAAGGGGGUCAAACGUCGUUCAACCGCAAUAAUAAAAAGCCCUACAGUCGUCCACAAAAAUCAAAUGCUAAAGCUAAUCUAACAGAAAAACCCGCUAAACCAGAAGAAAAGAAAUAGAUGCUGCUGAUUAGAAGAGUGCGCAGUGAAAAAAAAAAAAAA